UUUAGCUUUCUCUUUAUCCUUAACAAAUUGCAUGACGCAACACAAAAAUUCAUGUGAGGACAAAAGACGUCCCACUCACUCGAUGGCUAAAGACCAACUUAUCUGAAAAGUUUAUCUCUUAGAGGUUAGAGUAGUGAAUUGUUGGAAAACUUUCUCGUUCCUUAAAAGAAAAGACUACGCAACUAUUUAAUUUGUAUUGUACGUAAAUAAUAAUAUAAGCUUUGAGUCUUGUUUCUCAUUGAAAUUAUCAUAAAAAACAUGACUGCCCCAAUCAGUACUGCAAUGGAUAGCUUGAGUGCUGCGCUCAAGUCUAAUAUUAUCCCCAAUCAGGAAUACUUGCUACAGGGAUCUGUAUUAGAUAGUUCUGUAGAAGUAUUACUACAUAGGCUUCGUGGUUUGUGCGACAAUGUAGACCAUGGACCAGAAGGAUUCUAUGAUCAUGAAAUGUGUUUUAGUAUCCGCAGAGGCUCUCCACAGGAACAACCGCUGUUACUACGAGUACGGCGUACCCUGGAUCCUGCUUAUGCAGAUAUGCCAUGGCAACUGCGAUAUAUUGGCCAGCCUGAGCUAGGUGAUAAAUCUCGACCUACAAUUGUUCGCAGCAGCAUCGAUGUUGCUACCAGUAGCACUGUAGUAGAGUUUCUCACCGAGUUAGGUUGCAAAUUAGAUUUUGAGUAUGUCACUCGCGGCUAUAUGUUUCGCAAAGGCCGGAUGAAAAUUACUGUAUCAAAGAUUUUCAAGGUGAAUCAAGGUAAAGUGCCAGAGGGCGUGCCUGAAAUGAUUUCGCAGAGUUAUUUGGUGGAACUCAGUGUAUUGGCCCCUAGUGGACAGGAUGCUAUAGCAGAGGACAUGAGAAUAUUCGCAGAACAACUACGACCUUUAGUGCAAUUAGAAAAGAUAGAUUACAAAAGAUUGGUCCAUUAAUCAUAA